ACGAGCUCCCACUUCCACUUGAUUUUAUCUGAUUUAUCUGCAGGUUAGUUGUCCUUUUUUGACUUGAUACGCUAGUACAGUGCCGAAAGACUAAACAAGAAGAAGAAAAGUAAAGUUUUGACAAGCUGCAAUGUCGAAACAGACGAAGAUUCAGGCACGAAACGGGGCUAAUGCUUCAGCCGCUAGCGCUAGCCAAGCAGAGUACUCGCCGCCACAAGCUAGCGGAACCCCACCGGACAUGGACACAACUGCUCUCAUCCACAAGAGGCUGUUUGUGGUGCCUUCCAGCUCAAAGCAGAAGGAGAUUCCUUUUGCCAGAGUGAACCACAACAAGUACAUGGUGACUGACAAGAUCGCCUACAUAGGUACGUCUAACUGGUCAGGUGACUACUUUGUGAGCACAGCCGGCUCUGCAUUGGUUGUCAACCAGACUGCAUCACAGUCUGUGGAGCCCACCGUCCAAUCACAGCUGCAGGCCGUGUUUGAGAGAGACUGGAACUCCGACUACAGCACUCCUCUCACCCAGCACUCCAACCUUAAAAACUUGUGUUAGUCUCAAUUUUACAAACAUAUCAUUCUGCAUCACAGGGGGACACUUCUGUUCAACACAAACUGCAGUGCCAUAUUUGCGUCAUUUUGUAAUUAUCAGCUGAAACACGUGUUCACACUGUGAACAGGAAACAUCAGCCACAGACAAGCCCUUAGAAGAGCAGAGUUUCUCUGUUGGUUAACUCCUCAUUCACACCAAUACUGCUUCUUCUCCUAUUUGAGUGUGGAAAGCGUGGUCAGGCUGCCACAGUGCAAACCACAGAGUAUGUCAAAACAAAAUAUAGCAGCCUUGCAGCAAAAGGUUUAAACAGAAUCAACUUUUACAGUGACGCCAUGCUGCAGUGGCCUGAAAGUGGGUGGUAUGACAGUAUUGUUUCAAACGUCCACACUAAAUUUAUAAAAUGACACUUUAGCCUAUUUCUUUGAUUCUUAUAAUGGAGUUUUACUAGGUUUAUUACAUGUGUUGGUUAACACGGUACAUACACUUACCAGCAUUGACAAACCAAAAACAGACGUGUGUGAUCAACUUAAAUGUAUUGAUUCAUGUGGUUUCUAUUAUGCAGUGUCAGUACCAGUAGGGGGUGCUCUUCUAUCUUCCCCCAUGUUACAUGAUCUAUUCAUUGAUCACUCUCUACUUUUAAACAUCAGUCUCAGACACAACUUCAGCCUCAGGGGGAGAUUUUUUUCUUCCCUGCUCAUCUCAGAGAGUAAAGUGUGUUUCUUAAACAAUAUUUUUUUUAGUUUGCCGCAAUCUGGAAUAAUUAGUGCUUAAGAUGGUGUGACGUGCCUGAACUGUACAUAGAUUUUUUUUAAAAUUUCCUCUCUCAGUUUGCAUGACUGUUUUAAAAUCCAUUAUUUUAAUAAUAAAGUCAGCGGUGUGUACAGGGGAUUGAACAUCUGCAGCAGCAGUAACAACGAUGAACUCAUUUAUUUUUCCACUGUGUGGAGUGAUUGAACCUACCAAUUAGUGAAGAGGUGGUUGUUAUGGCAACUGUCCAAAGAAGCGUGUUUGCCAGUAGUGGCAUGCAGUUAUUGUGUACACGUCAUUAUCUGCUUCCUCUUUAUAAAUUACUCUCAAUAAAUGUCUUUGAAUCAAA